AUGGAGUUGGGAAGAGGAAAACUUCUCAGGACUGGACUGAAUGCGUUGUAUCAAGCAAUACACCCAAUUCACGGCCUUGCCUGGACUGAUGGGAAUCAGGUAGUCCUGACCGAUUUACACCUUCACGGUGGAGAGGCCAAGUUUGGGGACUCAGCGGUCAUUGGACAAUUUGAACAUGUGUAUGGGGUGUCCUGGGCCCCACCUGGUACAGCUGACACACCUGCUCUGCUUGCUGUCCAGCACAAGAAUCAUGUCAUUGUGUGGCAGCUGUGUCCUAGCACUACGGAGACAAGUAAAUGGCUGAUGUCUCAGACCUGUGAGGUUAGACAGUCACUCCCUGUCCUUCCCCAGGGCUGUGUGUGGCACCCAAAAAGUGCUGUCCUGACUGUGUUGACUGCACAGGAUGUCUCCGUUUUCCAUAAUGUUCACUGGGACAGUUCCCAGGUCAAAGUGGACAUCAGCACCCAAGGCCUCAUUCACUGUGCAUGUUGGACCCAGGAUGGCCAGAGGCUGGUGGUAGCAGUAGGCAGCAGCGUGCAUUCUUAUAUUUGGGACAGUGCUCAGAAGACUCUUCACAGGUGCUCCUUCUGCCCAGUGUUUGAUGUGGACAGCUACGUGCGCUCAAUCGGAGCCACUGUGGACUCACAGGUCGUUAUAGCCACUGAGCUUCCACUAGAUAAGAUUUGUGGCUUAAAUGCAUCUGGAACCUUUGAUGUUCCCCCUAGUAGUGAAGGCACUUGUCUGUAUACUUUACCAGUUAUUGACGAAGUUUCUUCUGAAACACCAGUUUCUCCCUUUUCUUCAUCCUUUUCUGAUCCUCUGGAUCUAACUCAUAUACACUUUGAUAGAUCUAAAUCUGAGGCUGGUUCUCUUAUUUGUCUAAGAAAAAAGGACUACUUGACAGGAACUGGCCUGGAUUCUUCACACUUGGUCCUCUUGACCUUUGAGAAGGAGGUUACCCAAAACAGAAAAGUCACCAUCCCAGGCAUUCUGGUUCCUGAUCUAAUGGCGUUUAAUCUUAAAGCACAGGUAGUCGCAGUGGCUUCCAAUACGUGUAAUAUAAUUUUUAUCUAUUCUGUCAUUCCAUCAUUUAUGCCAAACAUCCAGCACAUUCAGUUAGAGAGUAAUGAAAGACCAAAAGGCAUGAGUUUCUUGACAGAUAAAUUAUUGUUAAUUUUGAUAGGAAAACAGAAAUCCACUGAUUCGGCAUUUCUUCUUUCUUCAAAGUCAGAUCAGUAUAUGAUUCGUUUGAUUGUUAGAGAAGUUAUGUUGGAAGAAGACUCUCCAGUGACACUGAGUGAAAACCAGAGUGGUUACUUUGCUUUCAGUACUCUGUUAAAUAAAGCAAAUAGAAAAAAGCUAAUUAAAAGUCUUUCCCCAGAUUUUUGUCACCAAAAUGGAGGGCUCUUGUUAACAGCUAAUAGCAGCAGUCAAAGUGGAAGGCCUGGAAGAACCCUUAUUCAAGAAAUCAGAAGUCCUCCAUCCAGUAUCUGUGAUGGCUCCACAGCCCUAGAAACUCUAGAUGCCGGGCCUGUUAACCAGUCGGUAACACUGCCCGGACCCAGCGGCACACCAGACCACAACAGCACCGCGGGACCUCCUAACUUACAGGUGGAAAAGGAAAAUUAUCAGCUAUCUAAGAUACUGGAAAUUUUAUCUAGGAACCUGAUUGAAGUGCAGCAGCGUCUUUCUGAACUCACAGACUUUCUACAUAAUGGAAAGAAAUCCUCUCCAGUGUAUCCACUCUCUCAGAAUGUGCCUUACGUUCACAUCACUUGCCAGAAAUCUUAUUUUUUAGGUCCUGUUGUAGAAAAAAGAGCUGUGCUUCUCUGCAACGGCAAGCUAAGACUCAGUACAGUCCAGCAGACUUUUGGCCUCUCUCUUAUUGAAAUGCUGCAUGACUCCCACUGGAUCCUUCUCUGUGCUGAUAGCGAAGGCUUCAUUCCCUUAACUUUCACAGCCACACAGGAACUAGUCAUAAGAGAUGGUAGGUCAAAUGACUUUAGGGGCCCUGUCUCUUGA